GAUAAUAUGGAGCACAUACUAAUAAAGGCUGAAGGAGUUGAGAACUAUGGAUCAAUGGAUAUGUCUCCAGAGUGUGUACCUAGACCUUUGAAUGACAACAAUUCAUUUGGUGAAUAUGUGAUCAUAGCUAAAACGAUAUUUUUAGGGCCGCAUUGUAAAUUAUAUUAGAUUUAUUAUAUAGGGCCGUUAUUUGCUGGUACAUUGAUUGGAUUCAAUAUAUUUGCUUAUCUAAUGAUUAGAAAUUAAAUAGCUCAGGGUCACGAUAUUACUUUUGGAAUUAUAAUAACAAUAGUAUAAUCAAUUUUUUAUUUGGCUAUCGGAUUGGCCAAUCCUGGAAUUGCAAAUGACUCAUCUUUGAAUUAUAAAUAUCUUGGGUAGUUAUACACAUUACCAAAUAAACCAUAAUAAAGAAAUGUGUGGUAUUGUGAAAAAUGCUAAAAAAUAUAACCUCCUCGAUCUGAUCAUUGCCCAUUUUGUAGAGUUUGCAUAAAAAAUUAUGAUCAUCAUUGUCCUUGGACAGGGAAAUGCAUUGGAGGCGAGAAUCUAUUGCAUUUUUGGGCCUUUCUUAUCUCAACCAUCGUGUUCUUCACUUAUUUUAUUACAAUAUUAAUGGAUUAAAGUGAGGAAGCAAAAACUUAAUGAUUUAAUUUAUUUAGGUUAAUUUAUUACAAUAUUAAACUUCUUCACAAAACAUCAAUAAUUUUAUCAAGUAAUUAAGUUGCUUAGUUGUAAUUUGACAUCGCCAUCUUCAGAGUAUCUCCCAUUUUUUAUAUUCAGCUUUUAGCAAAAGUAAUUAGAAUUUUUAUUGUGUAACAAGUUGUUGUUUCAAAGUUCUCUUAUUUUGAUCUAGCAUACUCGUUGUAGUUCUAAUUAAGUAUUCUUUAGCCUCAAUAUGCUGUUAUUUGCAUUUUUAGCCAAGAAAGGUAUUUAGAAAAAUGAGUAUUAGAUUGAAUCUAAAUUUAGAAAAUUGCUUCACAGUCGAUAACUAUAUUUGGAGAAUAACAAAUUAGUUUAAGAAAUAUUUAGAGAGAUCAAAGUAAGGAUGGUAUUGAUAUAUUGUAAGAGGAAGAAGUGGGAUAUUAUUUUUGUAAAAUGACUAAUUUUUUGUUCUAUAAAUAAUUUAAUGAUCACUUAAUAUAAUCUAUAAAUAGAAAUGUUAUUAUGUAUUUAAUAGGAAACUCAUCUCAAUAAUCAAUGCUGGUACAAUGGGAAAGGUGCAUUUUUGACAAUAUAAAGCCUGGAUGUAAAUGCAUUGAAUUACAAAAAGGAUUUUUAUUGAGAAUCUUUUGCAGAACUCAAGAUUUUGCCUGUGUGAUGAAAAAUAUUGAAAAUAUGAGACAUCCAUAUUUGGUCUAAAAAUAAAUCAGCUGAAGACAUGCACAGAAACUUAAUGCGUAUAAAGAGCUGUAUUCGUGGAGUUAUAGUGGUAUUUAUUUAGGAAUUGAUAUUCUUUAAAUUGGAUGUUUAAACAGGAUUUGGAAAUUGUUGA